AUGACACGGUCGGUUCCGGCCGGUUAUGUUCGUUUUCCGACAAUUUCCUUGCCGCCGGAUUCCGGCCGGAGCCGGAAAUGGUCAGGAACUGAUCGGAUAGUUCCAUCUCAAUUCCGGCCGGAAUCCGGCGGCAAGGAAUCUGCCGGAACCUACUGGAAUCGGCGAAAACUGUGCCGGAAUCGACAAAAGCUGUACCGGAACCGACCCAGAUUUUAA